UUUGGUCGUCUGCAGCUGCGGGACGAUAACCACUAUCGAUAUCCACUCACCAACCCAGUUGGAUUCCAUCUCUAGUCAGCUGUUUGUCUGGUCUUGUUGUGUAACAAAACUAAACGCGUUUAUUUUCUGCACCAAGAUGUCCGCUUCCGCUGCCCGAGGCUCUACAUCGCUGCUGAAGCGCGCCUGGAAUGAGAUUCCUGACAUCGUCGGCGGAUCCGCUUUGGCCCUUGCCGGGAUCGUGAUGGCCACCAUCGGAGUUGCCAACUACUACGCCAAGGACGGUGACAACCGGCGCUACAAACUUGGCUACGUUGUCUACCGCCACGACGAUCCACGUGCCCAGAAGGUCCGCGACGACGAGGAUGACUAGAGGACUACCUCCAGGUCGGGCGGCUCUCAUCUUUGAUUUUUUUUUUGUUUACGCUAUAGCUAAGUAAAACAAACAACUAAAUGUACAAAAGGCA